GCCAUGGUCCUCGAAGUGUUUAAACGUCAGAACCGAGCGGGAGACAGCUUGUGUGACAGAUAGCGCUGUUCUGGAAACAACUAGUUAUACGCAGAAAUUUCGAAUUUGUGUCCUGAUGGCGACGGAUGAUGUUGCACAGUUGGCCGACUCUCUGGCAAAAACUCAGGUGACUGAGGGAGAGUUGAGUUAUAAAGGCCAAGGACGCAAAUUCGACAAUGCACAAUCUGUGGAAGAGAUGGUGAAAGAGAUCCAGGAGUUCAAGGGGUUGCAAGCACUCAGGCUGGAGGGGAACACUUAUGGGGUGGAGGCAGCACAGGCCAUCGCUAAAGCCCUGGAGACAAAGAGUGAAUUUAAGUACUGUUACUGGAGUGACAUGUUUACUGGGCGACUGCGUUCUGAGAUCCCUCCAGCCCUGAACUCCCUGGGUGCGGCGCUAAUGACAGCAGGCGCCAGACUGACCGUGCUGGACCUCAGUGACAACGCCUUUGGACCAGACGGGGUGAAGGGCAUCGAGAAGUUGCUUAAGAGCACUGCCUGUCACACACUGCAGGAACUGAGGCUCAACAACUGCGGCAUGGGCAUUGGUGGAGGCAAGAUCUUAGCUGCAGCAUUGACGGAGUGCUAUAAGCAGUCCAGUGCACAGGGCACCCCCCUUGGGCUGAAGGUGUUCAUCGCAGGCAGAAACCGUCUGGAGAACGAUGGGGCCACUGCCCUUGCCCAGGCCUUCCAGCUGAUGGGUAGUCUGGAGGAGGUGCACGUGCCCCAGAAUGGGAUCAACCACCCUGGGGUGACUGCUCUGGCCACUGCCAUGCAACACAACCCCCAGCUCCGGGUCCUCAACCUCAACGACAACACCUUCACCAAGAAAGGAGCUAUCGCCAUGGCACAGGCUCUGAAACAUUUGCGUAGUGUCCAGGUGAUAAACUUUGGAGACUGUCUGGUGCGUUCCGAGGGGGCUAUAGCCAUCGCAGAGGCAGUCACUGAGGGGCUUCCCAUCCUCAAGGAGCUGAAUCUGUCAUUUGGGGAGAUCACAGGAGAAGCUGCACUGCUGGUGGCACAAUCAGUUGAGGGCAAAGCCACACUGGAGAAACUGGACCUAAAUGGUAACUGCCUGGGGGAGGAGGGCUGUGAUGAUCUCAGAGAGGUAAUGGAUGGCCUGAACAUGGGAGACCUGCUGGGAUCACUCAGCGACGAUGAAGGGGAGCCGGAGGAGGAGAUUGAUGAAGACGAGGAGGAGGAGGAGGAGGAUGAUGAAGACGCCGAGGAGGAGGAUGAUGAAGACGACGAGGAGGAGGAGGGUGAUGAAGACGAGGAGGAGAAUGAUGAAGAUGAUGUGGAGGAAGAAGAGGACAGCAGUGUGAAUCAGGUUUCCUCUCCUCCGUCAGUGCCCCGAUCCCCAGAUGCCGCCUCCUUCCUCUGCUUCCCCUCCCCCGACAAGCUGCUCAAACUGGGCACCAAGAGGGCCCUUCUCUUUGAACAGCAGGUAGAUGUGGCUGAUGCUGGUAAGACAGCGGAGGCUUUCCUGAAAAUCUCCUCUGUGUACAAUGAGGAAGAUGAACAGGUUAAGAGUGCUGUCUUAGACAGUAUUGAUGCAAUUCUCAGGAAAGCCUUCGCAAGCCCCUCCUUCCAAGGUUACAACUUUGUAUCAUCGCUGUUAGUAAUGCUGGGACUCCUCAAGAGUGAGGACAAGGUGAAGCCGGUACAUGUGGUGCCUGGUCAUUUGCAGGCCCUGGAGUACGUCGUGCGUCAGGACUACUUCCCCCAGGACCACAUCGCUGUGCUGGAGGCCUUCAUGUCCCGACACGUCCAGGCCCUGGAGUCGUGCAGCAGCGCCAGAAACAUCCUCAAGUCCACGCUGGAGCAUUUCAGGCCUGAGAACUGAGUCACACCGGACCGCACAGACUCUCACGGAUUUAUGAACAGAACAAUUCCCACCCCCAGACAUAAGGGGGCCCUUAGCGCACACAACAAGGACUUAACUGUUGCACUGCACUCUAUUUCGCCAACUCAGAAGACUCACAGCAGGAGCCUUACCCAUCAUCUUAUGGACAUACAUUAUUUUAUGGAUGGACCGAUUUGAAAUAUUACAGACAUAAACAUUUGGGAGAUGAAUGUUGUAUCCUGCCUCACCUGCAGUGAAAGGACUGAAAUGUGAUCUUAAACACAGGUUCUCUCCAUAUUUACCCAAUAAGUCAUGGUUUUAUAUUAAAAUAAAAAAGGGUUAAAUGGAUAUAAAAUAUAAAUGUGUGAUAUGGGCUGCUGUGGAAAUUUAAUUUUGAUUUGAAUCAAAAGGGAAGAACUGAAAUGUGUUUUCUUUGUCGCAGCUAUUAAACAGACUAUUUUGGUGUCUCCGUA